AUGCCCAAGUCAGAACCCUCACUGAAAGCGCAAAGCUACUCUGAUCUUGUCACUGCGUUUCGCCAAGGACUACCGGUAGGGGACUCCCCUGGAAGAGAAUAUCGUCAGGAUGACAUUUUGCAAUGGCUGCAUGAAACCCAGGAAUCUUUCAUGGAAUUGGCUAGAGAAGGAAAGGUAGAGUAUUAUCCCAUUGAUUCAGAUAUCCAGGAUCCAACUAAAGUGACAGAAAUGCUUUUAGGCGUUGAUGAAGAUGAAGGCAAUGUUGAGAUUCUUGAUAGGCUUGUACUGGCCUUAGAAAGCUCGGCGCUGGCGCUUGAGCGUAGGUUUGAUAAGAAUAGCGAUAUCACAAGGACGCCUAAGGAGCAACUAGACAUGCUCACGGACUACUUACGGAAGCUAUCCCGAGAAGUAGAAGAUUUGCAUCAAGAGAUUUCGGAGACAACCCUGCGAUUAAAAAGUCACUUUAGGCUGCAGCUUCAAACCAGUGUACAGAAACUAGAUAAGCUUGACGAGAUGUUGAAAGAGUUGACUGUUCGUCUAGACGAUAGCAGAAAGCGAAUGCAAAAUAGCAAAGAAGUAAUGACAGAAGAUAUGGCGGAGAAGAUUGCUGUUCUUGAGUUCGUUGCUAAGAGAUUCAACGAAUACGAUCAGACGGUGAGGCAGCGUAGAAUCACACAGCUGACCUUUUUCCUUUGUUUCGUUAUUGUUGGCGUCAUACUUUACGGACUCUUCCAGAAGUUCAAGUAA